AGAAGUGAUCGGUAGAUCGUAGUGUGUGUGCGUAGUGACCAAAUACCUUCUUUUGAAAUUCUAAUCCCAAAGACUGUGGAAGAAAAGGACUUAACAAACAAAUCAUUCUGAUUUUAGUUUUGAAAAUAGAGCAUGGGAUCACCGAGUAGACCCUUAGACAUGGGCGAUCCCUGCACUCCAAUGGCCUGGCAACAGCGCGACCUGAACUAUCACCAGAGCGGUUAUCAAGACAGAUACGGACCAGGCGCCGUGGGCGGAGGCAGCAGCCGCGCCGGGCCGCCCUCCACCAGCGACCGCCUCAGCCACCGAACCGACAAGUCAUGGCGGACGCACCGAGAUUCGCGUGACUCCGGCCAGCCCAACCUGGUGCCCUACCACGGGGGCUACCACCACAGCCCGGGCACGCAGUACUCAAGCGGGCCGCCCGGGCACUACCCGCCCUCACGCCCGUCCUACUCUAGCGGGCGCCCUCCCUCGCGGCCGCACUCGCCCUCGGGCACCACCUCCUCGUCCUCUUCUUCCUCGUCGACGUCCACUGAAGAAGAGAGCGAGCGGGCUGCAGGCCACGGGAUUCCCGAUGGCGCUAUGCCGCCGAUGCCACAUCCGAUCUAUGGGUAUGGCGGGUACUACCCCGGCUACCACCCUGGCCCUCCCGGCCCUCCCGGCCCCCCAGGCCCGCCUGGAGCCCACGGCUACCCCGGCACUCUGAAGUCCGCGCGCUCAGUGCCUGCCUUGGCCAUGGCCACCUGGGACGGCGAACCUUGCCCCGUCCAUGGCGGCCCCCUCUCCUUCCCUGGCCCCAUGCCGCCCCCUGGCUACCCGCCCAUGAUGCCCCCAGGCCCCCUCUCGCUGCCCCCGCCCCCUGGCAUGACGCGCCGCGUGAACUCUAUCUACGACAUGCGCCUUACGUCGCCGCCGCCGGGGCCCAUCUACGGAACACUGCCCGCCAGGACACUGCCUGCCGACCGCAGGAGCAUAGCCGGCUCCACCAUCCUAGGACCUGCUGCCCCCGGCGCCCCCCCUGGCAUACCGACUCAUCUUCUGCCACCCAUGGCCCGCCCACGCCCCUUGGUUGUUGAUGAGAAGGGCAACCCCGAGCCCCUGCCGGUGAGGCAUGUCUCGGAAAAGAACGGAUCUCUACCCCCCGGCGUGUCGGCCAAGGUGGCGGCUUCCGUCCACUCGGAUGAGGAGAAGAACAUGAAGGGCGUGUGCUGCCGCGGAGGAGCCUGCGUGGCCUGGGUCAUUCUCGCCGUGGUGUGCCUGGGCAUUCUCCUGGCGGUCAUGCUGAGGUUCAUCUUAUAAAACUGUUUCAGACGAGGGUUCGAGGGUGCGUCAAGAUCCCAUUGCAGUAGUUCACAAGCUGACGAUUCCGCACCAAGAAACGCAUGGUGCUUUGCGGGGGAGGGCCCUGAAGUGGGAGGGUAAUAUCUAGUGUGAGAAAGUACCAAAGCCCCAGAGCCGCUAAUGUUUAUGUACUAUAAACACAACAGGUCAGGCUUGAAAUGCACCUAAGACACGUAGAAAUUAGGCAUGGGAGAUCAUUGUAAUUUUGCAAGUACAAAAGACCUUUGAUUAUAUUUCCUCUGCCUCCAUCCAAUAACUCAUACAUAUUGUCAUUAUGAAGGUGCUAAUCUUUAGAUGACUGUACAGAUUGUGUAAUUCUAAUUGUAAUUCUGAUGCCUGCAGAGAUGUAUGACUCUCAUGCGCGUUUCCUCUCUGUCAUUGAUUUGAAAUGAUGAGCAGAACUAAAUUUGCUCUGGUCUAUAGGUAAAAGUGUUACCCUUUGUAAGAUAAUUUUUUGUAUGACUUUGACAUUCCCUGUCAACAAUCACGUUUUGUUUUUUGUAUAAAUCUUGAUGAAUGCAUUAUUAACAUAUAUGUAAAAUGUACAUACAUGGUUCAACGUCCUACACAGUACACCAUAGCUAUCCUAGUUCUGCACACUUGCAGGAAUUUUGUAAAUAUUUUAUUUUGUAUUGUGGCAUUACAGGUUAUGUAUUAAUGUUUUUUUCUAUCUAAGGUGCUGGGUACUUAAUAUGUAAGACGCUGUACAUAUAUCGGGAAAAAAAACAUUAAAAAGUAUUUAUGUAA